AUAGUGAUCACAUAUUACGCUCCUUCUCAAUAGACCAAGUGAAAGCUGAUCCACCACACACAGGGAAAGGACGUUUUGAGCGAUGGUUCAAUAGUUGCAUUAUCCUUUCAAUGCAACUCAAGUUAUGGACUUCGCUCACCUUCUUGCGGAAACCUGGUAUUAUCACUCAGUGAAAGUGAUUCGGUAGCGCACAAUGGAAUAUCUCUAAAUUACCAUUUCAGUGAAUUAAUGCAAUUUGUAGUUUACACCCUGGGACGAUGGUUCCCCUUACGCAGAUUUCUGAAUGGACGCUUCUUCUUCUUCUGAUGAUUUAUGAAUCUGUCGGUUCGUCGGAACUGAUCUGUCCGGAUGUCGGAUAUCUUGGUUCUCCUGCUCAGCUGAUGUGCAUCCCGCCAAGUAAUACAACUUCACAUGGCUAUGCAACACCGCAAGGUGAAGUUGCCGCUAUCUGCAAUGUAUCAAGCUCAUCAUGUACACCUAUAGGCAACUACAUGGCGUCUACCAUCAACCAGACACACAGUAGCCUCACCAUACCUGCAGUACAACAAACACAUGCAGGGCAGUGGAAGUGUACUAUCCCACAUUCGUCUCCACUAUCCUGCAACAUUACUGUUGUGAAACUCCCGACCUGCUUCACAACAAGUGAUGUAAGCACCACGACGCUCGACGUUGGCGAGGAGCUGUUCCUGACAGUGCACAUCAAGGGGUAUUACUGUUCUGAGCUGGUUCAGCUGAACGUUUCCACGGGAAGAACUGAUCACGAAUACCUAAAUGAAACAGUCACUAAUAUAACAGAUAAAACAGUUAACAUCAAAAUCAACAAGAUCAACACCAUCUUCGAGGCAGAACUGGUCUUCACCUGCGGUGGCCAUAGCACGACUCAACCUUGUAAUGUAACCAACGGGACGCCGUCAAGCACACUUGACCAAAAUAGAAAACCACGGACGCCAAACGCCAUUGGAGCCGUAUUAGUCACCGUCACCGUCCCCAUCACUAUCACCAUCAUCAUCAUCGUCACCUGUGUUUGCUUCAAAAGGAGGACCAUACAGAAGAAGGUACCACCAGUGUUGGAAUGCCCCGACCCGCCGUACAUGGAGUUUAAGGAACCCCUUCAUAACACGUACGCCAGCGUAGAGGACCUCGGUGCACUGGGGUCAGGAUCCAAGAAGGACACUUCACCACCUUGUACAGAAGCGCCUGCAGACACAGUGAACUAUGCAGCCGUUGGCGACACCAGUGUCUCAGACACUAAAACAAGGAAAGAUGACCUGCCUGCAUUGAUGGACGCGGGGGGAUAUUCAACUGUUGCUGACAGACGUGUUACGGGCAAAGGCACACAGGGAGAUGUCACAGAUAAAUCCUUAGACACGGGCUACUAUGAAAUAGUUGAGGACCAAAGUGCAGCAGCACCUAGUGUAAUGCAAGGAGACCUACCUCUCCCAAUUGAUGCUGCAGUAUAUUCAACUGUUGCUGACAGACAAACUGCAGAAACUAGCCAACAGAGAGAAGACACAGCUAAAUCUUUAGACACGGGCUAUUAUGAAACUGUUGAGGCCCAAAGUGCAGCAGCACUUAGUGUAAGACAAGGUGACCUACCUCUCCCAAUUGAUGCUGCAGGAUAUUCAACUGUUGCUGUCAGACAUGCUGCGGACAAAGGCAAACGGGGAAAUGUCACAGAUAAAUCUUUAGACACGGGCUACUAUGAAACUGUUGAUGUGAAAAGUGAUGCACAACCUAAUCUCCGACAAGGAGACCUACCUGGCCUAACUGAUGCUGUGGGGUAUUCAACAGUUGACGAUUUCAAACCAUGCCCCGGUGCCGCGUCAUUCAGUCACACGGGGAAGCCUGAAAGUGUCCCGAAUCAGAUAGAAGGACAGAAAUCCAACAGACCUCCCUGUGAACUUUAUGCAACUGUUAACAAGAAGAGGGGCACGCCUAGGUUGGCCAGUGCUGAUGCAACUACCACCAGUGUAAUGUGAAAUAUACUGAAAGUCUGACAUUGGUUUUAGAUGAUUUCCAUAACUUUGGGCUUAUCAUUAAGACGCAAUUUUAUUAUGGCCAACCUGUCCAUAAAAUUGAUUGUUGAAAAAAAGUAACUUAGAUAGUGUAUAUAACAGUCAGACGUAAUGAACAUUAAAAUAUGUGUUAUGUAAAUAUACGUAUCUAUAUAAGUACCGUAUCUUACCUAUAAUAGUUACUGAGUAAGGUUUAACGCCGAGUUUAACAGUAUUCCAGUUAUUUCAUGGCGUGUCAGCUUAAUGUGGUAGUAAAGCCCGAAUUGAUGUAGGAACUUUUACCACUUUUGAUGAUGCCAAACCUAGAAACAUAAUUGGAGCGAAUCGGGAUUCGAACCCAUGCUUGCCCAAGUGACGCAUUUUUACACAGUGCAUAGAAGCGCCUUAGACGACAGGGCCACCCGUGCCCCCACCUGUCAUAGUGGUAUGUUUUUGUUGAUCUAUAUUUCUAGCAUCUGUAUAUACCCUGUAAUUAUACCUACUUGGACGUUUUAUAUUUGUUUAUUUUCCUUUAUUUCCAUGAAUGUAUUUGUGUCCUUUUAAUAUAUAUAUACAUGUACAAUUCCCUGUGGGUAUUAUGUGUCAGAAAUGUUUCCCAGCUCCCUGCUGGUAGUAAGAGGAGAUCCACAUGGCUGUCAGGCUAGGCAACGGUCAUUCAUUGCUUGUCAUCGUACCCCGACGAUGUGGAUCAUUGCUCACAAUAUCAAUCAAUGGAUCCAGACUCUGUAUUUAAAGGAUGUCGUCAUACAGAUGGAAUAUUGUUGAAUGCUGCAUUUAACAACAUUUAUGUAUAAUUGGCAUAUAAAUAUCUCCAAUAUUA